AUGCGAUCUGGGAAAAGAGGAAAAGAGUUUCAGCAAAGUACCAAAACACAUUACAAAAACCUCGAACCAGGUGCUCAAAUUACUACAGACGGCAGUGAUGUCAUUACUCGUAUGAAUCUGAUCGCGAUCCAGGAAAGGAAACGUAAAAAGAGACCGACUAAUGUCAUAUCUAACGAUCGUAUUUACUCUCAGGAACUGGAGUCUGUGUAUGAUAAACUCGAUGGAACCAG